AUGGGUGUCCUUAUCCUGUUUGGGGUGAUGGAGACCUGCCACUGUCAGGCACCAGGGGACUGCUCUCAGCUGGACUCCUGUGAUGGCUGCAUCGCGGGAGACCCUUCUAACAACCUGACAGACUGCGUAUGGAGGCAAUGUGAUGACGAUAAUGCCACAGGCUGUGCCUCCAGCAGCGAUGAUGCUCAGGGCUGCUCCAUCUUCAAUGAUACAUCCAUGUGCUCGGAUGAUGCUACCCCAGAGCCCCCUCCAGUGUACUCUCAGGCUAAAUUUGAUCUCUCCAGUUUCAUUGGGGGUGUGAUUCUGGUACUUAGUCUGCAGGCGGGAGCAUUUUUCGCCAUGAAAUUUAUCAGGACCAAGGACAGUAGCUAUGAGACAAUGUGA